ACGUUUCUCUGUCAUUGUUUUUACUUUUUUCAAGUUGGUACUCGACACGCAAACGACCGAUCUCUUUAUCAUCCGGUCCUUGUAAAGUUCAGACUUUCUGUUCUACUUUUAAAGCAGUGCUUUCAAAAUGGUUACCGCCAAGAAGCAGAAAAAGGCUUUGGAGAGCAUCAACGCUCGUCUGGCUCUGGUUAUGAAGUCCGGCAAGUACUGCCUGGGCUACAAGCAGACUCUGAAGACCCUCCGUCAGGGCAAGGCCAAACUGAUCAUUAUUGCCAACAACACCCCCCAUCUCAGGAAAUCCGAGAUCGAAUACUACGCUAUGCUGGCCAAGACCGGUGUCCACCACUACAACGGUAACAAUAUUGAACUGGGAACCGCCUGCGGAAAGUACUUCCGCGUGUGCACUCUGUCCAUCACCGAUGCCGGUGAUUCCGAUAUCAUCCGUACCCUGCCGGAAGCUCAGGCUGCCCAGCAGUAAGUUGUCUUAUUCGACAAGUGUUUGGGGGGAGAUGAGUUUUAUUGAUAUUCAAUAAAAGAAAAAUUAAGGGUGAAUGUAUCAAGUGAUCAAUAUUUAUGAACAUCUGAAAUAAAGCGAUUGAUCUCCUGAUCGAGGUCUCCUAAUUUAA